UGCCCAUUCAGCUCGCCUGACUAUAAAUAACCCCUCUCCCCUCCGAGGAGAACAUCACUCUGUGGGGCCCCAGUCACCACAAACGCACCGUUUUUAACUUUUUAAUCGGGACAGUCAGCACUGAGGCAUCGAAUAUCAUGGCUUCGACGAACCCUAUGCCGAUGGGACCAUGGAAGAUCACAGUGUACGAUCAGGAGUACUUCCAGGGCAGGCGGGUGGAGUUCACCGCUUGCUGCCAGAACAUCAUGGAGUGUGGCCUGGACAACAUCCGCUCCGUAAAGGUGGAGUGUGGGGCCUGGGUGGGCUACGAGCACUCCAGCUUGUGUGGGCAGCAGUUCAUCCUGGAGAGGGGAGACUACCCGCGCUGGGAGGCCUGGAGCGGCAACACGGCCUACCGCAUCGAGAGGAUGAUGUCAUUCCGGCCCGUCUGCUCCGCCACCCAUAAGGAGUCCCGGAUGAUGGUGUACGAGGGGGAGGGGCUCCAGGGGCGGCAGUGGGAGAUCUGUGAUGACUACCCCUCCCUGCAGGCCAUGGGCUGGUUCAGCAACGAGAUCGGCUCCAUGCAGGUCAUGAGCGGAGCCUGGGUGUGCUACCAGUUCCCCGGUUACCGUGGCUACCAGUACAUUAUGGAGUGUGACUGCCAUGCUGGGGAGUACAAGCACUACAGGGAGUGGGGCACCCACGCCCAGACUUUCCAGGUGCAGUCCAUCCGACGGAUCCAGCAGUGAGAGGAAGGCCCCGGCCUCCUCUUCCUCCUCCUCCUCCUCCUGAACCUUCCCUCUCUCUGCUCUGCCGUGCCGGGGGGGCGGGGGGGGGUCUGACGCAUGGCAGGCCGGCCAUUCUCUGGUUCCAGCCCCCACACGGCACAUCCUCCCGUCACUGAUGGGACAAAAAUGAAAUGGUAAAGAGAAGGAGAGAGAGAGAAAGAGAGAGGAGAAAAGAGAAAGAAACAAAGACAAAGAAGAAAAACAAACAGAGUGUCUGUGUAGUAACGGCAAGAUGCUGCAUUCUCCUCCUGCCCCUUCAUCAUCAUCAUCAUCAUUAUAAUUGUCAUCAUAAUCAUUAUUAUCAUUGUCAUCAUAAUCAUUAUGAUCAUUGUCCCAGUACCAUCUGUACAAGAAAGAUUAAUAAAGACAAUGAACUAGAAAAAGAGAAAUGAUUAAUAAACUAAGGAAAGGA